CGCCCGCGCGCCCGCGCCGCCGCCGCCGCCGCCCGGCCCCGGGGCCAGGUGAAGAGACUCCAAAUCUUCAACUGAAUGAAAAUAACUUUUUCCAAGUUGCAUUUAUCCAAGAAGGAGCCCCAAAUGUGCUAUUUUGCCUGAAUCCAAAGUUUCAACAAGAAGUUGCCAUAGAAGUUGCUCCGCGGUCACCACCAUGUUCUGGAAGUUCGACCUGAAUGCCACGUCCCAUGUGGACAAGCUGCUGGAGAAGGAGGAUGUGACCCUGCAUGAGCUGAUGGACGAGGACGACGUCCUGCAGGAGUGCAAGGCUCAGAACCGGAAGCUGCUGGACUUCCUGUGCCGGCCGCAGUGUAUGGAGGAGCUGGUGAGCCUCGUCACGCGUGACCCGCCCCUGGACAUGGACGAGAAGGUCCGCUUCAAAUACCCAAACACCGCCUGCGAGCUGCUGACCUGCGAUGUGCCACAGAUCAACGACCGGCUGGGAGGCGACGAGGCCCUGCUGGGCCUUCUCUAUGACUUCCUGGACCACGAGCCGCCUCUCAACCCUCUGCUGGCCAGUUUCUUUAGCAAGACCAUCGGCAAUCUCAUCGCCAGGAAGACAGACCAAGUACUGGUGUUCCUGAAGAAGAAGGAACAGUUUAUCAGCCUGGUGCUGAAGCACCUCGGCACCUCGGCCCUCAUGGACCUGCUGCUGCGGCUCGUCAGUUGCGUGGAGCCGGCCACACUGCGGCAGGGCGUCCUGCAUUGGCUGAAUGAAGAGAGGAUCAUCCAGAGGCUGGUGGGGCUGAUCCAUCCGAGCCAGGACGAAGACAGGCAGUCCAAUGCGUCCCAGACUCUCUGUGACAUCAUUCGGCUGGGCAGAGAGCAGGGUGGCCAGCUGCCAGAGGCUCCCGAGCCGGACCCCCUCCUCACAGUGCUGGAGUCGCAGGACUGCGUGGAGCAGCUUCUGAAGAACAUGUUCGACGGCGAGCAGACAGAGAGCUGCCUGGUCUGUGGCACACAGGUGCUGCUGAGCCUGUUGGACACCCGGCGGGCCGGGGCAGACGGCCUGCUGGACUGCUUUUCUCAGGGACUGGAGCGGCCGUCAGGCACCGUCAGCAGGGGCGUGCUGCAUGGCAUUGAGCCGAGGCUGAAGGACUUCCACCAGCUGCUGCUCAGCCCGCCAAAGAAGUCAGCCAUCCUGACUACCAUCGGGGUGCUGGAGGAGCCGUUGGGGAGUGCCCGUCUGCACGGCGCCCGUCUCAUGGCUGCGCUGCUGCACACAGACACACCCAGCAUCCACCGGGAGCUCUGCCGGCUCAACACCAUGGGGCUUCUGCUGGACCUGUUCUUCAAGUACAGCUGGAACAAUUUCCUGCACUUUCAAGUGGAGCUCUGUGUUGCCGCCAUCCUCUCGCGCACGGCCCCCGAGAACAGGGCCGAAGCUGCUGGCCCUGACGGCAAUGGCGUGGCCGAGCCGCCAGAGACCCCCCAGCCUGCUGCCGGUCACCCCGAGGAGCACACAAUGGUGACACAUCUGUUCGAGCAGUGCUGUCUGGUGCAGCGGAUCCUGGAGGCCUGGGAAGCCAACGAUCACACACAGGCCGCAGGGGGACGGAGGUUUGGGAACAUGGGUCACCUGACACGUAUCGCCAACGCCGUGGCACAGAGCCUGGAGAGGGGCCCUGUACAGGGCCACGUCAGCGAGGCCAUCCGAGGGCUCCCCGAGGACUGCCGUGGGCGCUGGGAGAGCUUUGUGGAGGAGACACUGACGGAGACGAACCGCCGGAACGCGGUGGACCUGGUCAGCACCCACCACCUGCACCCCUCGAGUGAGGAUGAGGACAUGGAGGGCGCGUUCCCUAACGAGCUGUCUCUGCAGCAGGCCUUCUCUGAGUACCAGCUGCAGCAGAUGACCGCCACCUUCGUGGACCAGUUUGGCUUCAAUGACGAGGAGUUCGCUGACCACGACGACAGUGUCAACGCCCCUUUUGACAGGAUCGCUGAGAUCAACUUCCACAUCGAUGCUGACGAGGACAGUCCCAGUGCUGCUCUCUUCGAGGCCUGCUGUGGUGAUCAUAUCCAGCCCUUUGAUGAUGACGAGGAUGACAUCUGGGAGGAUAAAGAUGCACACUGUGCCACCCGAGUGACUGCCAGAGCCAGGUUUGGGGCUCCUCGUGCCUCCGAGAGCUGCCCCAGGAACGGCCUGGAGCACAGCAGCCGUGACAGAAAGGCAGGCGCAGAAGCAGGCACUCCUACGAUCCCUGGGCAGGAGGUCCCCCGUGUACAGACUGGCACUGAAGAUGCCGUGUGGGGGUUGUCGGAGGAGCCGGUGAACACGGCAGUGCCAGCCCCAGGGGUGGUGAUGGACGUGGGCUCCAGCGUGUGGGCAGCUGGCACCCCCAGCGCCUCGGCUCCAGAGGAGAAAGGCUGGGCCACAUUCACCGACUUCCAGCCUUUCUGCUGCUCGGAGGCGGGGCCAAGGUGCAGCUCCCCGGUGGGCUCGGGCAGUGCAGACGUCCAGGGGGGCCCGAAGCAAGACCCCGAGAGCACCUCUGGCCCUGCCGCCCCCUGUGCCUGGAACGCCUGUACCACCAUGACAGCCCCCCCAGUGGCGCCUGCCAGUGACCAGAGUGAGCAAGCAGCCGGUGCGUCAGAGACUGUCAGUGUCGGGCCCAGUCGGGAGGCCUCCCUCCUGCCCCCAACCCUGCCCAGGACCGAGGGUGCCACCAGCAGACCACCGGACCCCACCUCACCGGCACCUGAAGAACCCGCCUCCACACCUGUAGUGGCUGCCUCCCCUGAGCCCCCCACAGUGGCCGCAGCGCUGAGCAAGGCCGACCUCGGCUCAACCCAGCCAACCAUGUCUCCUACAUCCGUGUCGCCAGCCACCUCCCGGGGAGCCGCCCUGGGGACAGUGACAAAGGAUGGGAAGCUGGACCGGCCACUGCCUGCAGGAUCUACCUUAAAGGGUCCCGUUUGAUGCUGCUGACGCCAGCCCAGCCCCGAACCGAGAAACUACCUGGUGAUGCGAUUUGUCGUUUUAAUUUAACUUAAUUUAAUUUAAAAAUAAAUGCUGCAUUGGUAAAGCU